UCACGUUCCAUAACCGCAGCCGAGCCCCCGCUGACCUUGAACGGGAUUGGCCGGACGACGUAGAAUCUUCGCCGUCCGAGAGACAUCGAACGUGGGGCAAGAUUAAUAUGCAUUUUACGUGUGGGAUAACCACUGGCCUCUAAAUCUACCAGUGUUGACAUCAUGCUAUUAAAAUUUUAUCAAAAUUUAACUAUACUGGUAUCUUUUGGUGCUGCCAUCUUUGGGGAGAGUCAUCCCUGUCAUCCGUGUGGUAACCCUUUCUUGGGUUACGACAAAUGUCACAGUAAUAAUAAGGAUCAGAAGAUUGUUGACUUCUCAGGAGUCUGCUCAUCAAAAUGUUAUGAUUCUGCAAGAAGCUGCUCACACCAGAUUGGAGGCGAUGGUACAGAAUGCCAAUUUUUCGUUUCGAGCGGCAAAGGGGGCUGCUCCCUGGACGAAGUGGGUCUCUGGCCAGUGCUCCAGUGCGACGGGCAGUCGGACAAGUGUCAGUGUCCCCCGGCGUCGUUCGGGCACGUGCCGCUCGAAGACGACGUGGUGAUCACUGCGUACCCGUUCGAAUGUGACUGCGCAGCCGAAAACCAGUUCCCGACCACACCCGACAUUCUGGUCACCAACAGGGGGUGGCGAGAGCUGGCGUUCGUCUCGACCUCCUCUCGACACGAGUGGCGCUGCGGCCAGUUCCGGCUCAGCCGAGCCGCGCCCGGCCGGCGGCUGCGCUACGACUGUCCCAUCCACAAGCCGCUGGACCACGGCACAGCCGUCUCACUGCAGCUCUGUACUCGCGAGCACACGGUCACCUACCGCUUUCAGCUGCCCGACAUUGCCAACAUAUCCUAUCGGUCCGGCCUCAAGCUGAGCUCCUGGGAGCCGAUGAUUGUCGUCCACACACACCGCUCGGACCGACUGGUGUACAGUAUUCAGCGGUCGCCGCCCGCUCUCAAUAUCUCAGAGUACGACGUACGCCUGGUGCACUGUGAUCGGGUCGACUGCACCCGCUACCACACUCUCGAGGGCACCGAGAGGCAUUUGGUGGAGGCGCCCUCGAAGAACACCAGCGUCCCGGGAGUGUUCAGGGUGUCGUUCGAUCUACCGGAGGAUGCCGGUAAUCUCUCGCUGCUGGUGCAGCCCAGAGGAGGCCAGCCGACCCUUUCGGCCGUCGUACGCUACCCGGGGAAGAAUACUGCCGAGAUGGCCAUCCUGGCCUCGGUUCUGGUCCUGUUUCUAGUGCUCGUCAUUGGCGCCUUCGCUUAUCUGAAGCUCUUCUACAAACCCAAGGAGCCGGCCCUGGUCGAAGUACUGGUGCUGUACAACAGUAACGCGAGUCUAGCGCGUCACGUGGCCCGCCGGCUAGAGAACCACUGUCUGGUGCGCACCCGGCUGGACGUGGUAGACAUCCCGCGCGCCAGCGCCGGCAUGGACCCGGUCGAAUGGCUGACGGCCGAGCUGCGCCGGUGCCGCACCGUGCUGCUACUGGUGUUCCCGGAGAGCAGCGCACUGCCCAUCUACCCACGCAUCUAUCCGUCGGCCGUGCACUACCUACAGAUGGACGCCGGCAGAACUAGGGUGGUGAUCGGCCACGCCGGCGGUGACGCCUGCGCUCCUCUGCCGCCGCUGCCGGCCGCCCAGGUAUGUCGGCUGCCCGCCCAGCUGGGCCGGCUGGCCCGCGCCGUCCGAGGGGCCACCUGGCUCGGCCGCGGCUGUAUGGACGCCCGCGAGCUGGCCAGCCGUCUGACCGACUCCAAGGACGGCCACCAGCUGGUGGCCAUGCUGGAGAACCCGUCGCAGGUGCCGCCGCCGGAGACGGCGCCGCUGCCGGUGGACGCCGAGCCGCCGCCGCCGCCCGAGCUGCAGCUGCUGACGGAGCCGCCGCCGAGGAACGAGCACAUGCUGGCGCCGCACGUGUCGUCCACAGAUGUCCUGAUGAACGGGCUGACACCCGAGGGAAGACGCCAGACGCCGGAAGAAGAGAGUGAUGGCGAUGAUGAUAUUAAGUGGCACUGAGAGAACGGAUGAGACGCUGAAGAUCGUCUGGGUGGUAUAGGAGGGAAGAACUGAACGGGUGUGUUGGCUAGUGAGUCAGUGAGUUGCUGUGGUUUAAAUCAAAGGUGCUCUGGUGAGGUGGAAGCAGGGAGCUGGGUUGUUGUGUCGGCGGCAGUGUGACAGCAUAGAAUGAGUAGAGCGAGAGACAUUGGUACGUAGUACCUGAACAGGUGGGGUGUGGUUCGACCGCGGAGGUGAUACGGCAGUCGUGUGCUCAGACGCACAAUUGGAAUUGGAGUUUAUUUACAAAGUGAUUGACAUGCAUGCACGUUGGACUCUGGUCCAUGACCGUCUGGAUCAAGCCAGGAAGUGAUUUAUAAAUUAGGUCUUUAUUUAGAUCACUUUGUUAAUUCUUUACUUGAUACUUGUUGAAUAUUUGUGAGCCAAUAUUGAUUUGGACCGUGCUUACAGCACGGGAGGUUAGGAUUUCAUUCGUGCUGUCACUUUAUUGCCUAUACUAGGAAAAAAAAAAACAUUGCAUGGUGUGUGCUGAAACGAGUGUUACGGGCGCGUUUGUGAUGACAUGUGAAUGUGGUUGCCCUUUCCUUUAUCUACAUGUUGCAUGGCAGGGCCAACUGUUCCCUGCUCCGUCGGUCUCGGUAAAAGCGGGUUUUGUCCAACCUGCGGUCGCCACCCGAUGCUGAUCGCGGCUGAGAUGCUUCACCUUCGCGAGUUUAGGUAUGGUGUGUACUGUGUAGUGUAUACCCACCGGAAUCGCAUCUUGAUGUGAAAGCAAGCAAAUAUCUUCCGUGGCGAUGCGUGUGGAGUCUUUACUAUCCCGACUGUCAAAUCCGUUGGCCGUUUGAGAGAGACUAACCCCUGAGACGAUUUUAAAGCGUGAUGCACAAACUAAUCGGAAUGAUCCCCUCUAAGCGAUAAUUUGGCCAUUGCGACUUAUUGCAUGAACUUGCCGCGCCGAUAGCAUAAUAAUAGCGGUUUAUCUUGGGCGUUGUUUAGUGAUGUCUUUUAUUCAGUGGGACUGUUCGUCUUUUUGCCCUGUAACUUUUGUGAGCAGUUAAAUAGACGGCGCCAAGAACCAGCGCCGCCUAAAAGUUAUGGCGUGUUGGCCUAGUUUGUAAUAAUGUAGGUACGUCUUGGAAGCUCUGACGGCGUAAACGUUUAUUGGAUUCUUGCCUUCCGUACAAUAAUCCAAUUUACCUAGCAGUCAAUGCAGGUGUCGUCAGCUUUCGUCGUUUACGCAUAACUGCACAGUCGUGUGACAAUUUCGUGACGGGUAUUAAUUACCAUGCUUAAGUGCGGUUGUCCUGUGUUACGCUUUGUUGUGCUUGUGCCUAAAUUACUUUAUCGUGAAUCGGUGUGCUUUCGUCGUGUGUGUAGUGUGUAGUUGUCCGCUGAUCGGUUUUCGCAAGCAAAUUGUUCGAUUUGUUUGUUCAGUAUUUUUUUUAAGAGGACAAAACAGUUUGAGUGAUUUGCUUGACGAUUUAGCUUCUGCGGUAUUUUGUCUAUUGCAUUUCAUGGCAAAUACUUAUAUCGGAACUCCUCUUGGUCUCAAAUAAGUGUUUCCAAUUGAUGUUGUACGCGAUGUGCGCCACUGUCAUUACAUAAUCAUCAUCA